AUGGAUUGCGCCGGAGGAGGGCUGCAGAGGGUGCGGUCGAGGCCCUUCCUGCUCCGAUGUUUGAGCAACAGCGGGCUAGAGAGCGGGCUGCUGGAGGACAUCGCGGACGUGUGCGAGGCGGAGGACGUGUCGGCGCUGUCGCUGGCGCAGGCGGCGGUGCCGCUGAGGGAGGCCAGCGCCAAGCUGUUCCUGACGACGCGCGAGGCGGCAGCGCUGGUGGAGGCCUGUAAGGAGCUGUGUGUGGAGGAGGGCGUGCGGUUCGACGGCCACGGCGGUGGGUUGCCAUACGAGGAGGCCGCGAAGGGGCCCGGCGAGAAUCUGCCCGCGGUCAGCCCCACGCUCAGCUGCGGCGCGUUCAGCGUGGGCCGGCUGAGCGUAGACGGCGUCGACGCGCGCAGCGUGGGCAAGCUGAGCACGGACGAUGUGAAUGAGUCCCUGUUGACCGUCAGCACCGACUCGUGUGAUUCUUGCGGGGAGGAGGAGGGCGGCGCUGCGCGGUUGGUGCGCGGGACCAAGGCCGGUGCCAAGGUCGGCCAGAUCGGCGAACAAUCGGCUCGGGUGGGCGCAGAGAGGUGUGAGCGGGAGGGCUACCGGCCCCUCGCUUUGGACCCCGCCGAUUUGGCCAAGGAGGAGUUCUUACCGAGCGGGAGUACGGAUUCCUGUGUGGUGAGCGAGCUAGAGGCCGCCCAGCUGGACCACGGGAGCGCCAGAGAAGCGACUGACCCGUCUGCGCCCUGCGCGGUCAACCAGCCGGGCGUGGGUCAGUCGAAUCACGCCAAGGGGCGGCCGACUGCGGAGGCGUCCAAGGGGCGGAGGGAGGGUUCGAUCGGGGGCGCCGGGCGUCGGCAGUCGGACAGGGUCCGCCUGGCCAAGGAGCGCCUGUCUGGGCGCGCAGGCGGAGGACUGAAAGAGGGCCAACGCCGGGUGGCGGAAGCCGAGGGAAGUGCACCGGGAGGCCUCGACUGCUCGGAGGGUGCCGACAGGUCAGCCAGUAUGCCUGUGCGCAGCUUGCUUGGGGACACAGCCCUGGGAGGGGUGCCGAGCCGGCCAACCUCCGCCAUCCCUGCCAGGCCUGGGCAAGGGAGUGACAGAGCGGGGGUUGGUGACUGCGGCGAGGAGUGCAGUCCCGGCCUUGGGAAGGAUGCUUUGGCUGUGAGGCGUGUGGGCCAGGCAAGUCGACUGCCUGGGCCAAGGAAGCCAGGGGAGGGGCUGACGAUUCGAACAGGCAGGCCUGCAGUGGAGGAUAUCUUUUCCCCACAGUCUGGAGGCUCCCCAGCUGCUGCCCAAGCUGUCGUGAACGCCAAGCUUCCCAAGAAGUCGUUGAUGCCUGCCCCGCCUGCCGUGGAGGACAGUGCACCCCAGCAGCGGGACCGCAUCAAGGCAUCGUCCAUCGGCAGCAUGAAGCCUGCUGUGUCCGAGGCCAGAAUACCUGAGAAGCCCAGUAUUAGGACACAUGAGAAGUCCAAGAUCAGGGCGCCAGAGAAAAUGUCAGCUUCUGUGAAGAAGGAUGGAUCCGUCGAGGACGGGCUAACGAAGGAACGGCUGUCUGGGAUAAGGGGUUCGUUUGAAGGCUAUGAGGUAUCUUGCCCUGCAAGUUUCAUACCCAGGGGCCCGACAACGCCCGACGUGGACGAUGUGAAGUGUGGGCCCUCGGUGCGGGGACGGGACGAGCGGGACAGGGCGGAGUGUCCACAGGAUAAUGGCCAGCCUGGCGCUGGCGUCAGCAGUUGUAAGAAUACUGUGUCGAAAUUGGGCAAACUGCCUUCGAAACGCAAGGAAGGAACAGGUUUGCCAGCUGACAAUUCAUCAACCAGUAGGAGAGAAGAUUAUCCGGAACCAUCUGGAGAAAUGGAUGAAUCCGCAUCUGCAAAUCAAAGAUGUGCAGACUCCCAGGCUGGUGGGGCGACCACCACUGUUGCGGUGCCAGAGGUUGCCAGAGAUGCUGCAACCGAAGAGGAGAAGAAGGCUCUCCUUCAGUGGUUUGAAGACCCUCCGGCGGGCCCUGUCGUCGCACCGAAGCCCAUGUCGAUUCGCCACUCCCGCCGAAGUGUUUCGAAACCUGACGAGCAGCAAGCAUCGAGCCACACUGAAGACUCCGAGCAGAGAGGGGAGAGCAUUGGCAGCCAAGCUCCAGAGUGUGGAGAUGGCGUUUCACCCGUUAAUGCUCCGCAAAGGUCCAGCCAGCCGGGCCUUAGUGAGGCAGGUGGCGACUGUGGACCAGCAAGCGAUGGGGCACAUGCUGUUAGGGACAAGAGCUCUGCGGCAGUGUCUACGGGGACUGUGGCGAAGCAGGAAAGGGGAGAGCAUCCUGCCGGAGAGCAGCAGUGCCCAACUGGUGGAGAGCACACAUCGCGGGUGGGAAUGGGCCAAGGGACAGUUAAGGUGAAGCAGCGGAAGCUGGGGAAGGGCAAGAUGUCUUUGGUGAUGAAAGGAAGGAAAGCUGUGGACACGAUGCCGGAGAAAGUGGAUACAGCAGGUUGUGAGUCCCAGGGUGGUGUGCAGAUGCUGGACAGCGCCAAGGUGCCCAGGAAUGCAGAUAGUGCAGACGAAUCAGUGUCGGAGAAGACGAAUGCAGCUUCUGAAGGAGGACCCAAUGAGAUGCCUUAUGGCGAUGCCCACCAGCCAGCUGUGGUGUGUGCAAAGAUCGCACUGCAGCCUGUGCAGCCCGGUGGGAGUGGAGCCAAAAAGACUGCUGUCAGGGCGGAAGCAAGGACAUCGGUGGCAAUCGAUCGCACAUCAGAGGCAGCUGCGCAGCAGAGUGUGAGUGGGGAGGAGAGCAUUGCAGGUGCAGUGGCGGAGGAGAGAAGCCUGCUGGCAAUGGCCAGCACAGCCUCAAAGGCCACCGAUGGCAAGGAAGGGCCUGUUGCAAGUCAGCCUGCGAAACAGAGCAGGAUAGCGGCACCUGCAGGGGGCAAAAGCAAGGCAGGCAUCUCCCCAGAUGCGUCCAGGGCAAUUGCUGCACCCAAGGAUGCAGCUGCAGGAACGACACAGAAGGCCAAGUCCUCUCGAAAGAAGCCUGAAGUGAAAGCUGCAGCCAAACUGGCGGCUGUGAACAAGGAGAGUGCCCUUCCAAAGAUGCCUAAACUCAAGGCGCCACGGUCCAAAGGGAGUGGUGUGGCCAAGCCAAAGGAACCUGAGCCGGCAGCUGCAGGAUCUGCCUUGAAGGGGAGUGUGAUUCCCAGAAGCCCAGGGCCAGUCAAGGCCAAAGGAGAUACUGUUGAAGUGGCCAAAACGAAAGAUCGCAGUGUGGCAUCUGUUGGGCCGACACCAAAGGACACUGUUAUUCCUAAGACACCAGAACCGACCAAGGAACUGACAUCACACCCAGUUGCAGUGAGCAGUGCAGAUGCAGUGGAGGCACAGGCCGUCACGGCUGUCAAGCCUGUCCAGAAGCAGAGUUCAAUUCCCAAACUAGCAGGAGUGGGCAGGCGACCAGAGUCGACAGCAGACGCUGAAGACACUGGGGCAGCCACGGCCAAAGCAGAGGUGCACGCUCCAGUUGCUGCAGCGCUCUCCCCCAAGGGGAGUGUCAUUCCGAAGACGCCAAAGGCACCUAAAGGAUCAAAGACCCAAAUGGAGUCCUCAGUAAAAGCAUCUGAGAAGAAGACCAGGCCUGCUGCCACUGCGGGAGCUGCGGGCAGCACUGGCAUCCCUAAGGCUUCCAGCACACCCAAGACUGCGACGGCGGAAAGAGAUGCAUUUGCUGAUGGGGUCAAAAAGGAGGCUGAGGCUGUGGCGGCUCCAGUUGUUGCGAACAAGGAAGCUCUUGUUUGCAAGGGUGCUGAGGCGCCCGUGCAGACGACUCAGCAUGCAGUCGGGGGUGCAACAGAUGAGAGCGAGCCACCAAAACAAGCAAAACCGAUGAAGCCUGUGGCGCCGGGGGCAUCAAUGAGCAAGGAGAGUGUUAUUCCCAAGCUGCCAAAGGCACCUACGACUCUGGCAUACCAAGAACCUGCCUCUGAAGGUCGCACUGAAAGAAGCGCUGAUCGUGUGUCUGCCACAGCUGCUGCAAGCAAGGACGGUGUUGCUCUGAAGGCUGCAGAAACGCACGAGGUGAUGAAGGCCAAGGACGUCCUCUCAGCUGCAGGUACACCUGAGGGCACCAGCGCAGUUUCUAAAGCAGUGAAAUCGCCUAAAAUAGCAGUGGCCAGGAAGUCUGUGUCUGCAGGCCAGGCAGUGAAAAAUGAGGCUGCAGCUGCAAGCAAAGAGAAUGGUAUAUCGGAAGUUUUGAAAGCUCCGAAGGUUGCAAAGGCUGAAAAGCCUGCUGCGGCAAAUGAGACGGGCGGGGAGGUGGCAGCUGGAUCUGUUUCAGCAGUACCAGGCAAGGGAAGCAUCAUCCCCAAAUCGCCCAAAGUGGUGAUGCCCAGAAAGCCUGUGGCCGCAUGUCAGGCUGAAAAAGUGCCUGCCGUUGUGGCCACUGCAGCAAUUGCAAAGGGGGAGAGCAUCAUUCCUAAAUCGCCAAGGGUGAUGAAGUCUAUGCCUCGGGAAGGUGCCAGUGCGAUUCCCAAAGUCGCUGAAUCGCCCAGAAUGCCUAAGGCCCAGAAGCUGUCUGGUGCUGGGCAGGUCGAGAAGAAGUGUGGGGCUGUGGUUGCACCCAAAGGGAGGCCCACUCCCAAGGUCGAUGCUUCGUCAGGAGUGGUGAACGUCCAGAAGCCUGUGGCUGCUGUCCUGCCUGACAAGGAGGUGGUGGGCAGUUCGUCUGCAGCUUCUGCAAACAAGAGUUCCAUUCCCAAGCUUUCGGAAGGAAGACAGGCGCCAGAAUCCCAAGAGCCUUCAGUGUCGAGCAGCGAAGGUGGCACUGCUGCGACUUCCCAGGAGGCCGAGCAGCCUGCGUUGGCAGUGAGCCAAGAGGUUGCGGUUCCAAAUCGGACCGAAGCCAGAACUGAGCCUGCAGUUUCAGACGAGGCGAGCACUAAUCCCAAGGUCGCUGAGACUCCUGCGCCUGCAAAGACCCAAGGGAAUGCAGUGUCUGGUGGCGCUGAGUGCAAGGAACUGGCUACCACAACAGUUGCCAGCAAGAACAAAGUUGUGCCCAGGGCCGCUGGGGCGCCCAAGGUAGCGAAAGUCCAGAAGGCUGGAGCUGAAGGUGGGGAUGAGAGAAAGGGACAGGCCAUGGCCUCUGCAGACAGCUCCAUCAAAGAAGCUGUCAGCACGAAGAGGGCUAACGUGGCACAGGCGGUAGAGGCUGUCAAGGGCAAGGUGCCUGCUGUGGGCGACGCGGCCCUGACAACAGGGGCCAAAGUGCCAAAGGAGGUGGUGAGCUGUACACCAAGAAAGGAGCGAGCGGCAUGGAAGGAAAGUUCCAUUCCAAGAAGCCCCAAAGUGGUGAAGGAAGUGGCUGCGGAAGCUACUACAGCCGGAAGUGCAGCGCAGAAGAAGCAAUCAGCUGCCGUUCCUGCAAGAGCAUCACAGGUUAAAGACGCCAAUCCAAGAGACCCGGCACCAGCUAAAGAACAGGUGGGUAAGGAAUCUCCAGGUGCACAUGCUGAGGGUGGACGUGGUGAGCCCUUGGUGGCUACUGGAGUGGCAAAGGAAGGCAGCGCUUCGAAACGCAGCAGUGCUGGGAAGACGCCAGCCUCUCACAAGGCUGAGGCUCCAAGCAAUGCCGAAAGGAAACCUGCAACUGCAGUGCGGGGCGAAAAGAGCAGUGCACAAAAGGCUGUGGAGGUGACCAAGGGUUUGAAGGAAGCCAGAGAGAAGAUGGGAAAGAAGGCAGAGGUGCCAACUGUGGCGGUCGUCCAGGAGAAGAUCGUCAUCCCCACAACUUGUGACAGUGCAAAGGAAUUGCAAGCUCGUGAGCUCAAGGCUGAAGGCACGGUCAAGGAGGAGCUUGCCACAUCAAUGGUGGAGCAGACCCUCGAGAACGCCGUCCCCAGUCCUGCAGAAGUGGUGACAGCCGAAGUCGUUGUCCCAGCAGCAACGAUUGGAGCCAACGCCACUGCGCAGAAGGAAAGCCCAAGCCAAGGGAGCGGUGCUGACAGAAAAUCGCAGAGCAGUUUGGAGGAAUCUUCGAUGUUGGUGGAGAUUCCACAGAAGGACAGAGUGACUCCAAAGAGCGGUGAAUCUUCCCCUGCAGCGGGAAGCCCUGGACUACAAGGCAAGGACUACAGGCCAGCGAGGGCAGAGACUUGUGUCAGUGUUGAUGUCCCACGCACACUUGCAGAGACUGACGCGGCAGCGAGCAAGACUUCAGCUGCACAUGCACAGGAGUGUGUCGCACCUCCAAGCAUUGAAGGGCACACUGGUGUCUCUGCUGAGCUUCAAGUUGGUACGGCAGGGGCUGCAGCAGGCACCGAUGGACAGGAUCUCGUGCGCGCAAGUGUGGAAUGCGCAGAUUCUGCUAGGAAGCUGCAGAGUGCUCAGGUGAACCCGCCAAGCAGUGCCUGUGAAGGGACAGAGGAAACAGGCCCUUCACAGCUUGAAGACUCUAUUGCACCUUCACCAGCACAAGGGGAGAGCACUGCGGUGGAGGAAGCGAAACCUCCUGCAAAGCCAGUUGCUUCUCAUCCAGUGGCAGAUGAGGUAGUCAUGGUGGAACCUGCACCAUCUGAGGCGCAAGACGGAGGUUCAGAAGCUGGCUGUGCCACUGUGGGCGAGCCUGUGGUCUCUGAUAAGGAGGCCACUGCCCUGCCAGACCAUUCUGUGGCAACAUCCCAGCCUGCAGAAAGUUGUGUGACAUCCGCAAGUGCCGCACCUUGUGAAGCAGCACCUAAGGGAGAGAUGGAACUUAGGGAACCUGUCUCGAGCUGCGAUGCUCACAAGACUGCUGUUCCGAACCCUGAGGGCGCCACAGCCGUCAUGGCCAGCAUCCCUGCUAAAUUGGCCACGGGCAGUUCUGUGGCAGAGACCAAGGUUUCAGAGUCUGUCACCGCAACAGAUGUUGCCAGCGCUGCUCAGGGGUGCAGUGUGGGGCUGCGUCAGCCAUCAAAGGAAGCUGCAAAUUCUGCUGAGAGUGGGCAGGGAGACGGCACAGCUGCCUCCAAGCGAGACAGCCAGGUUGAGCCUCACACUGCGAGCUCUGAAUCUGUGGAGAAGCCUUCUGCCAAAGAAUGCGAUUCUGGGAGCACUGCAGCAAGGGCCUCAGAUGGAGCUGCAAGCUCAGAAGAUGAGGAAUGGCUGAAGGAGCAGACUGCAGCUGUGCUUGAGAAACUGGAUGCCAGGACGUCGGCACCACAAGUUCGACGAGGCGUCGGGAGGAGAAUGCUGCCCGGAAUGUGGGAUGAGCGGAAGUCUCCAGAAGUGCCCAGCAGAGAUUAUUCGGCACGGCGAGCCACCAACAGCAUUCGUGGGGGCAGGACUGCCAGAGCACCUUCCAGACCAGCGUUUGACUCUCGGCCUGUGCGGAAACCUGGCCUGUUCAACCCUUGCGAUGACGACAUUCCAGGGUCGAGGCGAAGACUUGCCGCAUUGGAUGUGGAGCCCACAAGGCACACUCGGGCAUCCGUGCACAGCGCAGCCUCCGUGCGUCCUGCGGUGCCACACUCUGGCUCUGUGUCAAUGCGCACCACAUCAGCUCGCACUGCCUCCACACACUCUGUGCCAGCACGCACUGUUUCAAGGGCCGCCAAGACCAGUGUACCUGUCCCAUCUGUGCCUAAGUCCGUGCCCGCAAGGACAAGAGCACAUGCACCUACAGCAUCUGCACCUAAAUCCGUGCCAGCAAGGACAAGCUUGCAUGCUGCUACAAAGGCGGCUGCCCCUGGGGUGUCGAGGACAGCAGCGGCACGAGCCACUGGGACCCGUUCUGCUGGCGGUGCGGUGUCCCGUGCCACACCCGUGCGAACGCCUGCGACCAGGCCUGCGGCCAGCAUGCCUCGGAGGGAGAGCCUGAUACCAAAAUCAUCCAAGAUACCGCAUCUUGCAAGCAUCCCCAAGGACGUCACAGAAGGUGCCAGCAGUGGGCAGGCAGGGGAUGGGAUGGAUGACACUGCCAAUGUUAGGCAGCUGCCCUCCCCGGUUGCUCAGGCAUUGAAGAGGCAGAGCACACCAGGGGUGCAGUCACCUGAAGUCAGGCCGCGCUCAACCAAACCCACCAAGGCGUCCUCGGCGAGGGAGCCAGCAUCUGUGCGGGGCCUGCUGAGGCGGGACACGUCGCCAUCUGUUGCAACACUGGCCAGGAGGCCCUCGACUCGCACAGAGCCAAAGCCUGCCAAGAGCACCAGGAGCACGCCCCCUGCGCCAGAGUUCUCGCGGUCUGUGCCGCGGUGUGCUCAGAUAUCCAGCAAGUCGCCCUUGCCUCCUGCAGCACGGCCAAAGUCCCGGACAUCGACCCUGUCGCAGCUGCAGACUGCUGCGGGUCGGGUAAGGAAGGUUGCUGCUGCUGCUGCUGCACAGCCCUCGCCAGCCUUCAGGCCGCCAACAGUCCGCCCCAAGAAAAUUGAGGACCAAAGGGAAGUGCAGGAGCGACGUAGGGCUGCCCAGCGCCCUCGAGUGUCGACUUCCUCUUCUGGCUGGCAGCCACCCGCUCCCCCCAAGAUCAGCCGGCGCCCCACACAACCAGCGAAGCCAGCAAAGUUGGCACCGAAGGCACUUGGGACUACAACAGAGGAAAUAUACUACCGCCAGGUCAAGGAUGCGGAGGCGGCAAAGAAGCGCCAGGGCCAUGUGAAGGCAACAUCCACGACCCGCACCUCCACGGUGGAGCGGAGCCACUCGCAGGUCACCCGGACCGUGGUGGAGACGUACGAGAGGAAGCAGGGCAACAAGGUGAUCAGGGAGGAGAAGAUCACCAGGGUGUCGACCCCCACGAGGGUGUCAGUGCCCCAGUACAUGAAGAGGACUGUGGCCCACUCGCCCAAGCUGGCGUCCGCCGCACGCGCGCACCACUGGAAGGAGGUGAUCGACCCGAAGAAGCAGGAGAAGAUGGAGGCGCUGCGCAGGAAGAGGGAGGACAAGAUGGCCAAGGAGUUGGAGGCGCGAGACAGGGUGAUAAGGUGGACCAGAGAAUCCAUAGUUUACAAGUCAAGUCCGAUGCCUCUUUUCGGAGAUCAGUAUCCGGAAGACGGCACGUGUGCAGCCGCACAGAACGAGGGCCAUCAAGAUAGCCACGAAGAUAGCCAUCAAGCAACGCCCCCAGUGGAGUGCCCUGCGCUCGGCAGCGACGCUGUGCAAGUUCCAAGCCCAGAAGUAGUAGUUUAG